GUCUCGCCAAUUCGCGCACCUCCACUACUCCGCCCUCCCUACCCUCCCCCCCGCCCCCCAGAUCUCGCGGCGAUGGCGUCCGCCGCCGCUCGCCUCCUCCUCGCCGUCGUCGUAGCCGCGGCCUUCCUCCGUCCAGCGGCGGCGGAGAUCAAGCAGGAGUCCUUCAAGGACGACUCCCGCGAUGUCAUCCUCUUCGAGAAGUUCGGCUUCUCCCCUCGUGGAUCUGUGUCCAUCUCCUUGACCGGCGCCAGUGCCUCCUCCAAGCUCGCCAAGCCGGACCCGACGCAGCUCGGGUUCUUCAUCCUCUCCGACCAAUCGCUCUUCGAGGCCAUCUACCAGCAGCCGCCGCCCACGGAACAGAACCCCAACCCCGACCCCAACACGGGAUGCGUCCUCUCCAGCCCCUACGUCAUACCGCUCUUCAACUUCGCCGACCUCGACGCCAGCGGCAACUACAAGCACACCUUCCCCAUCUCCCACCCCGACGAAUAUACCCUCUUCUUCGCCAACUGCGCGCCGCAGACGAGCGUCACCAUGGGGGUACGCACCGACAUGUACAACACCAACCUGGACGGCACCAAGGACUACCUGUCCGUCGGCCAGGCCCCCGUCCCGACGAUCUACGCCUUCUUCGCCUUCGGCUAUGUCGUGUUCCUGGCCGUGUGGCUGUACGUAACCCUCUACCACAACCGCCUCUCGGCGCAUCGUAUCCACCACCUCAUGUCCUGCCUGCUCCUCGCCCGUAUGCUGUACUGCAUCUCGGCGGCCGAGGAUCAGCACUACAUCCGCAUCGCGGGAACAUCGCAUGGGUGGGAUGUGAUGUUCUAUCUGUUCCAGCUUGUGAAGGGUGUGAUCUUGUUCGCUGUGAUUGCGCUGAUUGGGACCGGGUGGUCAUUCCUGAAGCCGUUCCUGCAGGACAAGGAGAAGAAGGUGCUCAUGAUCGUGAUCCCGUUGCAGGUUGCAGCUAACAUUGCUGCAGCUGUCGUCGGUGAGACUGGGCCUUUCUUGCAAGAAUGGGUAACGUGGAACCAGAUCUUCUUGUUUGUUGAUGUAGCCUGCUGCUGCGCGGUGCUCUUCCCGGUCGUGUGGUCGAUGCGUUCGCUCCGGGAGUCAUCCAAGACAGAUGGCAAGGCUGCCAGAACCCUUGCCAAACUCACGCUUUUCCGCCAGUUCUACGUAGUCGUGAUUGGUUACUUGUACUUCACAAGGAUCAUAGUAUAUGCUCUCAAGACAAUCACAAACUACAAGUUCAGAUGGGUGAGUGUUGCGGCAGAGGAGGUGGCCACCAUGGCAUUUUACAUUUUCAUGUUCUACAUGUUCAAGCCGGCAGAGAGGAACCAGUACUUUGCUCUAGAUGAUGAGGAGGAGGAAGCUGCAGAGCUGGCUCUCCGCGAGGAGGAGUUUGAGCUCUAGAGCUCUUGAUGAUGAUGACGUGGAAUGCAACACUAUGUGUUCCAUUUCUUCUCCUUGUGAUGUUGAUCAAUGAUCAUACUAUACAGAUGCAGUAUUUAGCUUAUAUUUGUCUAUGUAACGUGGUAAAUGUUCACUUCCUUCUACUCAUUUCUUUUAACUUUGAAUGUUGCUGAUGAGACCAGGGAUAAUUGGAUUGCUUUUGUUGCAAACUAGGGGGAAUUCAAUCAGUGUUGUCAUUUUUUCAAGUGUCA